CAAUCGCUUGUGGAAAAAACAAGGCGCAAGUUGACUAUAAAAGCGCCAACAACUCGCCGGUACAACAGCAGUUGUUGAUUCACCGUUCGAGUUUAGACGCUUAAGCAUUUGCCAAAACCAACACAAUAUCAAAAUGGAUUUCUACUAUGUCGGUGGCUCCUCCCCUUGCCGUUCCGUCAUCAUGACCGCCAAGGCGCUCAACAUCAACUUGAACAAGAAGAUUCUGAAUCUAAUGGCUGGCGAGCACUUGAAACCAGAGUUUCUGAAAAUCAACCCACAGCACACCAUACCAACUUUGGUGGAUAACGGUUUCGCUUUAUGGGAGUCGCGCGCCAUUAUGGUAUAUCUUGUUGAGAAGUACGGCAAAGACGACGCGCUGUAUCCGAAGUGYCCGAAGAAGAAGGCUCUGAUCAAUCAGCGUUUGUACUUCGACAUGGGCACUCUGUAUAAGAGCUACUCCGACUAUUACUUCCCGCAAUUGUUUGCCAAGGCACCGGCUGACCCUGAGCUGUACAAGAAAAUUGAGGCGGCCUUCGAGUUGUUGGACAUCUUCUUGGAGGGUCACAACUAUGUCGCCGGCGACKCACUCAGCUUGGCUGAUAUAGCGGUUCUUGCKACGGUGUCUACAUUCGAUGUGUCCGGUUUUGAUUUCAGCAAAUAUGCUAAUGUGGCCAAGUGGUAUGCUAAUGCCAAGCAGGUGGUGCCCGGCUUCGAUGAGAACUGGCAGGGUUGCUUGGAGUUCAAGGCGAAGUUCUUUCACUAAAUACUCGUACAAAUCUAGGCUGUAGCUUGUUGGUGCUUAUUACUACUUAUAAUUGAAAGACAAAUGUAUUAUUUGAAUAAAUACAUAUAUACUAUUUUUUUUUAAGAA